AGACAAUCGUUCUGCGACUGCAUGUAUGUCGUGUGGCGAGCUGCUUGUUUCGUGGUGGAUUGCUGCCCUCACCAAAGAAAAUGACGCGUGCAUUAGGGCAUAUGCUCAUCUCAUGUUUCGAAGCUUUUGGUCCGCCCUGGCUGGUGUUUUGACUCAGACAACGAAGGAUGGUAGCACAAGGCUAUGAAACGUCGCUUCCUGAAAGAUGCAGAAGGCUUCCCAAGCGUUCCUGCGGCUGUCCCCCAGUGCGGUAGCCCCAAAGGAAAGAAUUACAGGAAGUCAAAUUCUACCCAAGCUUUUGGAAAGGUUUUUCAAAAAAUCUUUUCCAUUGAAUAAUGAAACGGCGGUACGUCAAACAGAAGUCUUGCUGGGAUACUUUCGCAGGAUCGACGCCAUACUUUCCAUCGACGCUACGCCUAAGCCGUCUGGAAUCCGAACAGACGUCACUUCCUUGUCCCAUCAGCAUGGCCUCGAAAGAACCCGUCUCUGUCACCUGGUUCCACGUGGCAGACGUCAGGCUGAACUUGUCUAGUGGCUUACCACAAAGCAUGGACAGUCAUCGGGAACCAAAGAAAGUUUAUUCUUUGGUGGCUCCCGAGCCUCCACCUACCAAAGUGCUGGGAGUGACCGUUGGACUAGUGGACGGUGCUCACUGGAAGCAGCAACCGUGGAUUGGCAGGGCGUUCUUUUCCAUGCUCAGUGAUCCACCCGCUUUGCUUCUGAAUCAGCUGGAUCGCUCCGACACCGGAAGUUACGUGUGCAACGUUUCGUACAACGGUGACAACGUAACCGACGUGGGUAUGACCAUUACGGAGGCUGUCGUGGAUCUGUUUAUAGCAGUUCCUCAGCAGCCGCCGGUUAUUAAGGACUCCCAAGGCAACCAACUGCGUGCCAUAGCAGGGCCUUACGCGGAGGGCGACACCAUGAUGCUGACUUGCGCUGUGCCAGCUGCUGGCCACAAACUCACGCUCGCCUGGAGGCGAAACAGCCAACCGCUGGGAUCAUCGACAGCUACUGUCGCGACGCCUAGCGGAGGAUGGGAGAACCAUCUCGAGCUCGGUCCUUUAUUCCGCGAGGACUUGCUCGUGAACGUCACCUGCGUGGCCACCAGUGACGUCACGCUGCCUGCAGAAAGCUCGGUGCUUAUCGACAUGUUUCUGCCGCCUGCCGAAGUUUCCCUCUGGAGCUGGCAUCAUGACGAUGUCGACGCCUCCGGAUGGGUCAUGGUCGCCCCCUCGGCAACUGGAGCUACAUCUUCGGCUAGUGCUUCGACAUCCGUUCUUGAGCCUAAGACGGGUAGCUCGCACCUCUCCCAAGGAGCAUCUCGGCCACCAAAUGCAGAUCCGGAUUCGGCUGCCAAUUUCCACGCUCCGCGCAGUUUCGAGUGCGAGGCAACCGGAAGUCGUCCACCAGCAAACAUCUCGUGGUUCUUGGACGGAAUGCCGUUGGACGUGCGCUUGAGUCACACGCGUACCGGAGGCAACGUAACGGCAAGCGUGCUUCUCCUGCCAGCUCGAGUUCACGCGGGAAAGCUUCUUGAGUGCCGGGCCAGCAACGACAAUUUGGGGGACCAUCGAGGAGUGCUCAGUCGCUAUUUGCCUCUGAAUGUGUCAAGCAAGCCAGAAGUGAGCAUCAAGCUGGGUACCGGUCUCAACGCCAGCCGCAUCACGGAGGGAGUGGACGUGUACAUGGAGUGCUCCGUCCUCGUCACCACAAGAAUCACAGACGUUAAAUGGAGCCGCGACGGCCAAGAGCUCGACGCGGACCUGAUUGAGGGCAUUGUGAUGACUUCUCGCUACUUGGUGAUCCGAGGGGUGACUCCCGGCCACGCCGGAAGCUACACGUGUCGAGUAACUAACACCCACGGCGACACCGUCGAGAGCACGCCGCUUCUCAUCCGCGUCAGAUACCCUCCCAGGUGCGGUUCUGAGGAAGAUAGCAUCGUGCGUGUUGAGAGAGACGCUGCCGUCAACGUGACCUGCGACGUGCGAGCCGAUCCUAGCGUAGGCCUGCGCUAUUUCUGGCUCGCGGAAAGCGCUAUGGAAGCCACGGAAACCACGCUGAAAAGCCGGCCCAUUCGGCCCAAGCAAGCGGAUUGGCCGCUCGUGACGGCGUCGAAUCGCCUGGAGAUCGUCGCCAACGCUUCGCUCUUCAAUGCGGCUCUCGCAUGCUGGGCAGAGAACGCCGUGGGAACCCAGAGGAAGCGCUGCCGAUUCAAGUUCGUAUACAAGGGAGGGGACUCACCCAACCUGACUUGCACAGUCGGCAAUUACACGGACAGUUCGUUCUCGCUGACCUGUUUCACACCUCUUGUCGACGGCACGACUAUGACGACGUCAACGAGACUGAGACAGCAACGGCGACUCCGAGUACAGGUGCUUGACACUAGGAGGGGCAACCGGUCUGAACGGAGCUUCUGGAGCACGGACCUGGGCCCGAUACUCGUCAACCGACUCCGCUCUUCCACCGAAUACUUGGUCGUGGUUCGAAUGCCUCCGGAUGCGAGCUUCCGGACCUGGGUGCGCACUCUGGGCCCAGCUCAGACCCUGAUUAGUCAAGGAGAUAUCAAGAGCAACAGUCAUGACGUACGCUGGACACUUGUCCUGAGCGUCGUCGUGUUGGCAUGCAGCCUGGCUGUCACUCUGAUGGCAGUGAUCGGCAUCUACUGCACGCACACCCGCAGGAGGCAGAGGAGGAAGCGACGAAAACCACCGGACAAGAAUUUCAAGAAAGACACCAGUUUGAAUGGGUGUGAGGACGUUGACUCUGUGCACAUUGGAGACCACAAGGCCUACCUCGCCACGACGGAUAGCUGCUGACAGCUCAGAGCUCACGUGCUGUAUGAAGUAUACUGAAGUUAGAUGGGUAGCUACCGAAAUCACAAGGAAGAGCUACCGAGAUUUCCUGAUGUGGAAUGCCGUUUGGUGAUGCGCGAAGUAGAUAGGGAAAGGAGCUUCGCGGACGCCUACUCACAUUAUAGAGUUUUGGCUCGCCCAUAAAAUUAUGAAUAUUUAUGGAAUACAAUGUUACCAGAGCCGUAGACGGCACUCGCAACGCUGGUAGCGACACACUGUGGUGCAUUGUCAAACCUUAACGCGUGAGAAGUUUUUUUAGCUGCAUGGGUGUUCCCGUCGAAGAAAAAAAAAAAGAAACGGUGUGUUAAUGACCACGUUGCUACCAAAUCUUCAAAUCAGCAGCUACGUGCAAUAUGAUUGGUCACAGCAGUAGUGCCUCUGUGUCCUCUCUGGUCAAAUUCUAUGCCACAAAAUGUCGCCAACAACGCGAUUGUUCAAGUUCUUGUCUCGCGUCAACCGAGAAGGGUAAGGCGUUUUACGGACAAUCUAAAUCACUCUAGUGUAUUGCGAGAAAGGCGACCGAGAUUUUAUGGUCCGUACUGCGUGAAGGUUGCUAGCACCAAAACGACCUUUCUUUUAGAUGAGGUAUCUUUAACCAAGUAGAAUAAGUUCGCAUAUUUUAAGUACUGGUGUGUUGCUUCGAGGAAGCCGGAUUCUGCUACAGAAUGUGACUGCGUCACAUGGGGCUCAGUGUGACGCUGUAUAUCUGUAUGCGAAACCGAUACUCUUCGGGAGCAUGCGACGCUUUGACAUGCUUUGUCACGACGAUAGAGGGACAUGAGAAUAGUCUGGAUAGCUCGUUGUUUUCUUUUUCUUCUUCAUCUCAUUUUACUUUUCCGUCAUUUCUUCUGUCCCUUUCGUGAGCACGAGGUCGCCUGUGGGAUAUAUCGUCUAGUCUAGUAUCGUUUCUUUAUUUCCUUAUCUUUGAUCUUUCUGUUUAUCUCUCAGGAUAUGCAUGCCGCUUCUCGACGGGGAAGCAGAUAAACUCAAAGCACAAUUGAAAUUAGAAUCAACAACACGAGAUCUCUGCUCAGCUCUAUACCCAAGCCUUUUGUCGACCUCAUCUCUCUUAUCCGCACUUAUUUCAAUUUUUUGUUACACGUGUGGGGAGGAAAUGCGCACUUCGUGGGGCUAAACGUUCACUAACAAAUGCCCCAGUAUCCGAAGAGGACAUCCAGGAAGAUUUGCCCCCCUCCAAACUUCAGAACUCUUAAUGACAUGAUGCGUUACAGAGAGAUCCGCCCUAGGCGUAUACGCAUUUUUUUUUUUUUUUUGCAACGACGAGUUCAUACUGGUAUACGUGAAAGCUACCCCCGUGCUUCGGCUUACCCUCAUAGUAAAUAAUGCGCCUUAACUUGAAGGCAACGCUUGACUUCAUCUGAAUGAAGCCUGGAGUGAACGCGCCCGGGACUUCUAUUGUGUUUCUUUCGGCACGUUCAACUCAGGCUUCAUUUAGAGCUAGUCAAGCAUGGGCUUCAACUUCAGGCGCACCUCAGAAUACACGGGCUAGUCCCAAAAUAUGUGUUUCCUCUUUGAGUUGCGCACCAAGAAAAAUAA